UUAAAGCCGAUUCACUCGUGGGAAAUUUGCAUUAGGAGAUUUGUCCUAUUUUUAACUCAUUUCUCUAUUGAGAUAGGUCUUUGUUUGUGUAUUUUAUAAUUUUACAUUAUAGUCUCUCACCGACUACUUUGUCCAGCUCCUCCUGGCGGAUCCCGAUGCGUUCCCAGGCCAUGUGUCCUGUUCAGGGGAAGUCCGACCGGUAGAAGGCCUCGGGGAAGACCCAAUACACAUAAUGUGGUAAUAAAAUUUAUUUAAGACAACAAAAAAAUCUGAGGAGCCACUUGGGAGCCGAAAGAGUCGGCUGUUUUUAGUGAGCCGAGUCAAAGGAACCGACUCUCUAACAAGAGACGAAAUUUCCAUAAUUUGCAGCGGGUCACUUUCAUGGCGAUGUGAGACCGAAACCGCUAGCUAGCUAGCUAGCUAGUUAGCUAGUCUAGCUAAAGUCUAUGAUGAGUCGUUUAAAAGAUAAAAAAAAGUCCAGACGUGAUGGUGGACAUCGUGAAGAGUUGUCUGUAUUUGUAAUGUCGUAACAUCAUUCUGUUUGUGCUGCAAAGGAAAGCAUCGACAAUUUAGUGACGUUCCGCUAGCACGUCAAUCUGCAGGCUAGUUUAGCUUGUGUUGCUAAGUGACUCAGUGUGAUGUAAUAUGGCAGGUUGUCAGCAAAUCAACAGAUCGACGUUUUUAAUCUUUUACUUACUCUUUUUGAAAAUAAACAUCUCUGAAUUGGAGCCGCCCUUGGCAUUAGACAACAGCGGCCGACACGUCAGCCAGCUAGCAUAAAUUGCUAUCGAAAGCGCCGGGUCCGGAAUGGAGCCAGGCGACUUGCGGGAGAGCCCCGCCGGAUCCGGAGAGUCUGAUGCCGGUGACUGGAGGGAGAUUCGACCCGGUGGGGACGAGGAGCCCAAGGCCGCCCAAACAGGUGAAACAUCACCGGAGAAGAUGCCGCAAAGGGACACAUGCCGUGAAAACGUCGGCGACAAAUCGACGAAAGUAGGGGAGCAGCCACACAGCCCCUACGACGACGAACUGGACCCCCGAAUCCAGGAAGAGUUGGAGCAUCUGAAUGAAGCCAGUGCAGAAAUAAACAACCUAGAGCUGCAAUUGGAUGACGCCAGGUCAGGGUACCGUAAGAUCCUUACCGAGUCUGCCAGGAAGCUCAACGCGCACAGCUCGCAGCUCGGCGCCUGCAUCGAGAAAGCGAGGCCCUAUUAUGAGGCCCGUCGGCUGGCCAAGGAGGCUCAGCAGGAGACCCAGAAGGCAGCGCUAAGCUACGAGAGAGCUGUUUCCAUGCACACGGCCGCUAGGGAGAUGGUCUAUGUGGCGGAGCAAGGACUCAUGGCUGAUGGAAAGAACACCCUGGAUCCCACGUGGCAGGAGAUGCUCAACCACGCGACCGCCAAGGUGAAUGAGGCCGAGGAGGAGCGCCUUCGCAGCGAGAGGGAGCACAUGCGCGUCACUCACGCCUGCCAGGAAGCCGAGGCUCGAGUCCAGUUGCUGCAGAAGUCCCUCAAGAGGGCCAUCGUCAAGUCCAAACCUUACUUUGAGCUCAAGGCGCAGUUCAACCACAUCCUGGAGGAGCACAAGACCAAAGUCCUGCAGUUGGAGCAGCAUGUGUCCAAAGUCAAGACGUGCUACUCCAUCGCCCUGAGGAACCUGGAGGAGAUCAGCGAGCAGAUUCACGCCCAGAGGGGGCAGGACCAUGACACGGGGGGACGCCCCACUGUCUGCGGCGGGCGGAGCCCCCCUGUGGGGGCUGAGUCUGAUGCCGGAGCACGGGAAGAGGGCGGGGCCUGUGGCGGCAGCGCGAUGGGGCAUGACCGAUCGGACGCGGCCGGUCACCUGCUGGAGACGUUGAGGGAGAAGGAGGAGGAGAAGGAGAGGGAGAGAGCGUGCUCGGAUUCCCUCUCCGUCUUCAGCCUGCAGACCAUCGCCUCCGACCUGGAGAAAUACGACUCCGUCGAGCACCUCGGGGACCUGAGCGACGUGGGCAGCGUUACCGGAGAGGAGGGCGAGAGGGAUCGUGCGACGGACCGGCGAGACAAGAUGGCAACGGAGGCAAGCGCCAGAGAACGCCAGCAGCAGUUUUACAAGCAGCACCACCGAAGCUUUAGCUUGUGA